AUGGAAGAAGAUUUUUCAACUAUAGAAGGAAAUCAAUUUAUUGAUGAUGAUGAUGAUAGAAUAAUGGAUGAUUCAACAGCAACAACAAUACUAACAACAACAAUAAAUAAAACAAAUAUAGCUACUAAACCUGUUAAUAUUGGCUUUUGUGGUCAUGCUGAUGCUGGAAAAUCUACCAUUGGUGGACAACUUAUGUUUUUAACAGUACAAGUUGAUAAACGAACAUUAGAAAAAUAUCAAAAUAAAGCUCGGGAAAAAUCUCGUGAAUCUUAG